CCCAAAACUAAAAUAUUGGAAGAAAGAACAAGAAGAACAACUUUUCGCUUUGGUCUCAGUCUCAGAAACCAGAACAGAGAUCUCAGAAGAAAAAAAAAAGUAGAAAGAUUAGCUCUCUGAUUUGAACAGAAGAAGAAAAAUGAUGGCGGAUCCGAAUCACCUCGAGAGAAUGGGCAGAGAACUCAAGUGCCCCAUUUGUUUGAGCCUACUGAAUGCCGCGGCUACACUGAAUUGCAAUCAUGUUUUCUGCAAUUCAUGUAUUGUGAAAUCGAUGAAAUCAGAUUCUAAUUGUCCUGUCUGUAAAGUUCCAUAUCGACGUAGAGAGAUUCGCCCUGUUCCUCACAUGGACAACUUGGUUAGCAUUUACAAAAGUAUGGAGGUUGCUUCAGGAAUGAACAUAUUUAUCACUCAGAAUGCGUCUGCUUCUAAAUCAUCAGGUGGAAAACAGCUAGUGGAUGAUUGCAACAUUCAGAACAGACAUGAUUCUGACCAAAUUUGUAUAGGAAAACAGGAUACUUUCAAAGAACAAGGAUCAAUAGGAAAAUGUAACUCUGAUCUUAAAGUUUUUGAUUCUGGUCAUGCGAAACUUUCAUUUCCAGCCAAGAAAAGAAUUCAGGUGCCACAUUCACAACCUGAAGGUGUUGAUAAAUUAUCUGAAAAGAGCUCUAAAAUUAUUGGGAAGAAGCCUAUUGUUGAUGAGAAGGGACUGAAUCUUUCACCUUUCUUUUGGUUGAGAGAUGAAGAAAAUUUAAGUCAGCAAACUUGUACCGAUUCAUUCAUUAAUAUGUCACAUCCAGCUGUCCCUGCUUUCAGUGAUAUCAAAGAUUCGGAUGAUGAAAAAUCGUUUAAAUUGACCCCUGAAAGAGGAGAAUCUGGUAAAUCCUAUAAUGUUGCUGAUAUGUUUGAUAGUGAAAUGUUUGAAUGGACACAAAGAGCUUGCUCCCCUGAAUUGUGUACAAGUCCUUUUAAGACGCAGAGAAUGCAGGUUGCUGAAACUGAUGACUUGGUAGUUCAAGGGGAAGGCCUGAAAGAAGUACCAAAGGGCAAAAAAAGAGGUAAAGUAGUGCCCGCUAGAACAGAAGAUGACAUUUGCACUAAUGAAUUGAAUGACUCUUCCCUUCCUGGAACCAACUAUGCUAGUGAUCAAGCGGGUUGUCAGAGUUCUAAGAAGAGAGGUCGGAAGGAAAAAAAGGCAGUUGGAGCCACUUGUCCUCAGAAAAAUGCUAAGGAAGUUGGAAUUAGUGUAGAUUCAAAUGAGAAAGGUCAAGAAAUGCUCAAUGCUUAUAAAAUGCAAGUUGCUGAUGAAUUGGUAGUUCAAGCAGAAGACCUGAAAGUACUACAAGGUAAAACAAGAGGCAAAAAAGUGCUAGCUAGAAAACAAGAUAAUGGAUGCACCAAUGAAUUUUGUGACACUUCCCUUCCUGGAACAACCAAUGCUAAUGAUCAAGCAGGUUGUCAGAGUUCUAAGAAGAGAGGUCGGAAGGUGAAAAAAGAAGUUGGAGCCACAUGUCCUGAGAAAAAUGCUAAGGAAGCUCUUGGAAUCAGUGAUGAUUCCAAUGAGAAAGGUCAAGAGAGGCUCAAUACUUUUAAAAGAGCUAAGAAAAUUCUUGCUGCCUCUGAUGGAGCUGAAACAUUAGAUGAAGGUAAUAAAGACACUAGAACUGAAUUGCCUAUUUCCUUAGGGAAAAAGAAGAGAUGCAAGGAUUUAACCUCAAAGAAGCCUGGAUCCAACUGUGACAAGAUCCAUGUCCAGAACCAGAUACAGCAUCCAGUGAGAUUAAAAAAGCAAAGGCUCGGUAGUAUGCAAAAUGAUUCUGAAGAAGCAUCUACCGUGAAAAACCAAACAACUGAGGAUGCCAUUGCUAAUUUAUCUGCUUUAUUAGUUCCUCUAGCCAAUAAGAUCAAACCCUCUGAAUCUAUGAAUGAACCCAGCAAACUUUCCAGUAAAGCUAAUUCAAGUGAUCAUGGAUUGAGGAACAAAAGAAAGUUGAAAGUGUCAUUUAUAGGGGACUCUACGGGUGAAAUAGCUGAUGACAUUCCAAAAAAAUUGGAUGUUGGAAGUUUGACUGAUCCAUCUAAAGUGAAGAAACUUUCUUUGACUGAUGAUAAGGUAUUGCAGAGAUGCCAGAACAUCCCCAGUAAAAUUCAAUGUGCCUUUUGUCUUUCUUCUGAAGAGUCGGAGGCUUCUGGAGAGAUGGUUCACUACUACAAUGGAAGACCGGUUGCUGCAGAUUACAAUGGAGGAUCCAAGGUCAUACAUUCACACCGAAGUUGCACUGAAUGGGCACCAAAUGUGUACUUUGAAGAUGAUGUUGCUAUCAAUCUUGAAGCUGAAUUAACUAGAAGUCGAAGAAUUAAAUGUAGUUGCUGUGGAACUAAAGGGGCUGCCCUUGGUUGUUAUGAGAAGUGUUGUCGCAAGAGCUUCCAUGUGACCUGUGCCAAGUUGAUGCCUCAAUGCCGAUGGGAUAUGGUAAACUUUGUUAUGUUGUGCCCACUUCAUCCUGAUUCUAACUUCCACAGUGAAAGUUCGGAAUCACAGGCAAGAAAGAGGACUUGCGACCCUAGAAAGUCAUCAACUGCUCAGCAUAAUAAAGUUAAGCAUGAUCUUGGUACCUCUCCUAGAUCAUCUGUUCAACAUAAUAAAAUUGCUGUUAAGCAUGAUCUUGUUACCUCUCCAAGCUGGAGUUCCGGUGGAUUCUCUAAAAAAAUAGUUCUCUGUUGUUCAGCUCUCACAAAUUCAGAGAGGGAAACAGUUUCUGAAUUUGAGAGAAUUUCUGGAAUUACAGUUUCAAAGAAGUGGGAAUCAAAUGUUACUCAUGUUAUUGCAUCAGCAGAUGAAAGUGGAGCAUGCAGAAGAACCCUCAAAGUUUUGAUGGGUAUUUUGGAUGGGAAGUGGAUACUAAGUAUGAAAUGGAUCAAGGCAUGCAUGGAAGCAAUGAAACUAGUUGAUGAAGAGUGUUUUGAAAUCAAUGUUGACAGUCAUGGAAUCCAGGAUGGCCCUCGACUUGGAAGAAUAAGGGUCCAGAAGAAGCAACCGAAGCUGUUUGAUGGAUUUCAGUUUUAUUUUAUGGGAGAAUUUGAAUCUUCAUAUAAAGGCUAUCUACAAGAUCUCAUAACUGCUGCUGGAGGAACUAUUCUGCAUAGAAAACCUGUUUCAGCUCCCCAUAAUGAGACGCUGUCCAGUUCUUCUGAAAGCCAAACGUAUGUUAUUUACAGCCUUGAGCUACCUAACCAUUCUGAUUCCACCAAGAGGGAUGAGGCAAUUAACCAUAGGAGGUACAAUGCAGAGGUUCUAGCAAGUUCAUCUGAAGCCAAGGUAGUAAGCAAUUCAUGGGUUUUGAACUCCAUUGCUGCUUCCAAGUUACAAAGUUUCUAAAUAAAAUGCUUGUUUUAUAAACACAAGCCUUGUACAUCAUUUAGGCCAUCUUUUAAAUAAGCUUUAGAAACUUUUUCUCAUAGUUAUGUAGUAAAUAUAGGAUAUUUUGCGAAUAUGUUAUUAUUAUUAUUAUUA